UUCAAAAUCUUCAAAAUCACCGAGCUGCUCGAGAGAUGAUUGCCGCAGUCUGUUAAGAAAAAGCGAAAAUUGUGGUCGUGUCGUAAUUUAGCUGGUCCGCGACCGUUUUCUUGAUCAUUCGAAGGGUGUCGCGAUUUUAGGUUUUGGGAAUAAGUGCACAAAUUUUAACGUUCUAUGCUUAGGAAGUAGUGAUUCAAAGAUUUCAAAUCGUAGUAGGCCAUCUAGGUAGAAUCCCUGCAAAACCGGCACCAUGGGACUGUUGCGAUACAUCCGGAACCGGAUCAUCAAUUUUCUGGUAUUCUUCUUCAUUGUGGUUCUGUUACCCGGAUUGCCACCGAAAACGACAUUCCCGUUCGAAGGGUUUACCAUCACUCCCCCGAAGGAGCUUAAAGGUGCCCUGGAACCGAACAAUCACCUGGACAAUGCCGAGCUGCUGUUCGUGAACAAGCUGCUAGGACCGGAAGCGCUGCUGGUGCGUGGCAAGGAUCUCUACACCACCAUCAACGGGGGCGAGAUCGUGCGCAUCAACGGCCAACACAUCACACACGUGGCAAAAGUGGGACGCGCUUGCGAAUCAAUAUAUGAGCCAGAAAUUUGCGGAAGGCCGCUCGGAAUUGCUUUCGACACUCAGGGUGAUAACCUGAUCGUUGCUGAUGCGUACUACGGUAUCUGGUCAGUCAGUCUGGUCAAUGGAGAUAAAAUCCAGCUCGUUUCGCCAGAUCUCGUCUUAGAUGGCAAAGGAGUUAACCGCAAGGCACGUCUUUUCAACAGUGUUGCUGUUGCCAAAAAUGGAGACAUUUUCUGGACCGAGUCUUCUUCCGAUUUCGAUCUACAUGAUGGAGUCUAUACGAUCUUCGGUAAUCCAUCUGGUCGUUUGUUCCGCUUUGAUAGGAAAACAAAAAAGAACACGCUUUUGAUUGACCGCUUGUAUUUCGCCAAUGGAGUUGUGCUGAGUCCGAAUGAAGAUUUUGUGGUGGUUUCCGAAACCAUGACAGCUUCGCUACGUCGUUACUAUCUAACUGGACCUAAAGCUGGUACCGAAGACAUUUUCGUUGAUGGACUUCCAGGUCUUACCGAUAACCUGAUUGCCGACGAAGAAGGAAUUUGGACACCUUUGGUGUUGACCAUUGAUGAGGAAUCUCCGUCCGUCACUCGUCUGUUAUCUAGAGUACCUUUGAUUCGUAAGUUCCUAGCCCGUAUGUUGUUUGUUGCCGAAAUGCCAUUCAAACUGAUCCAUCAAGUCAUGCCCAAUGAGCACACCAAACGAUUGCUUUACACUAUCGGUAACUUCGCAAUGACGGAAUUCAUGAAUCCUCCACGCACCACGAUCGUUCGAUUGGACUGGUCAGGAAACAUCGUCGGUUCGCUGCAUGGUUUUGACCAAUCGGUGGCCUCGAUUUCGCACGUGGCUGAGCUGGGUGACUAUCUUUACCUUGGCUCGCCAUACAACCCCUACUUGGCCCGUGUCAAGCUUCCCAAAGUGCCAAAGGUUCGUGUGCAGAGUGUACGAUUCGAACCAGUCGAAUCUGCUCCAACCAAGAAACCGGAAACUGUAACUACACCUAAACCUGUUACUACUACCACUACAACAACAACGACUACACCGAAACCAACUACUACAACAACCACAACUACAACACCGAAACCAACGACUACCACCACAACCACCAAGAAGCCCGCUACUACAACUACCACCACACCAAAACCAACCACAACAACCACCACCACGACAACCACACCGAAACCCACUACGACGACACCAAAACCCACAACGACAACCCCGAAACCCACGACUACGACCGCACCUCCUAAACCGACCACCGAUAAACCUGCUGCCGCACCCGUAAAGCAAGAAACGAAACCCAAACCCGCAGCUGAUGCCCCAAAACCACAACCCACAACCACCACCCCACCACCAUCUAAACCGGCACCGAUCCACGAAACUAUCCCCAACGAUACUCCCAAACCGAAGCAAGAGAAGCUUAAGGUCAUCAAAAAGGGUGGCGAACAGGGCGAGCUAUAAGGUCGUCUUCAAGAGGAAGGUGGGUAGGUUUUAGUCAGUAUCCCGUAAUUUUUUCAACUACGCACAACGGACAUUCACUCAAACUUGAAACUUGUCGACUAAACUCUCAUUCCAUUCUCUUCAGCAAAACUACUGUACUGUAAUCUUUACUUUUAUUGGUAGAUCUCUAUGUAAGUAGAAACUAUGAAAUUUUCAGACAUUAGGUGGUAAAAGUGCAGCUUCUUGGCAUUGUGCCGUAUUUAUAUUCCAACGAGAGAAAUUCGUACUGCUAGUUCUAAAAACUAUUUAAUCUAUUUCUAAAAAACAAUCUAUAAAUCUAUUGAAAUUAAUUUCUGUUAUUAAAGAUUUGUCUAACGUAACCUUUCGUUAACACCAUUAACCUUAGAUUUAUAACAGUUGGCAGUAAUUUGAGAUUCCUUUUGAUCCUCGAACAAAAAAAGAACACGAAAUACAUCAUUCAAAUAUCCUUUCGAGAGGGUAACAGAUUAUCGGGAAAUUAUUUCUCUCAUAACUGUAAGGCGCUAGGUGAAUUGAUUAAACAAAUAUGAAAGUGGUGGGAAAUUCCGAGUUGCAAAAACACAAACUAUGAAUGUAGGGGUAAAAAUCGUAAUAAAUAAAAACAAAUAAGAGCACUUCUUUAUUCUUGUUAGGCAAAAAUAAAACCAAGGCUAUUAGGUACUGUAUCGAUAUGGUAAGUUGCCAACCCAACACUGCAUUCGCGAUAUAAGGAUUUUUUCUAUUUUGCAAUUUUACCGAUUCAAGUCAAAAGUCAGGAAAAUGGUUUAGCAUCGAUCGCUUUUGCUAAGCUGUAGUGGUUAAAAAUAAACAAACAAAAA